UCCCCGGACAACAAUCAGCGGGAACGAGCGCUCGUUGAAUCUCUUUUCAAAAAGAGAAUUACCUCGACCGCAUUUACACAGCUGCUGGAUUUUUGGACUUAAAGGCAGCGAGUUCUACGACCGGGGGGGACUUUCUACCGGCAUUGUGCGCUGGGCCCAUCUCUCGUUUUGAUUUCCCACCAGCGAGGAUCUAACCCCCGGAGGGACCUUCGUCUCCACUGUGGAGGUACUAACGCGGCUCCGCGCUCUCUCCGUCAAAGGGACACGUCUGACCUGCACAGAACAAUGCCGGUGGUGAAAGUGGAGAAGGAACCUCAAGCCGAGCACGCGUUGUCCUCCUCCGACCCUUCGCUGCAGUCAGAGGAGCAGCCCAGAGGCCGGCGGAGGAAGAGACCUCUCCAGCGGGGGAAACCCCCCUACAGCUACAUCGCGCUGAUUUCCAUGGCCAUAGCCAACUCCGCCGACCGCAAGCUGACUCUGGGGGGGAUCUACAAGUUCAUCACAGAGCGCUUCCCCUUCUACAGAGACAAUUCCAAAAAAUGGCAGAACUCCAUCCGUCACAAUUUGACCCUCAACGACUGCUUCAUCAAGAUCGCCAGAGAGCCGGGGCGGCCGGGAAAGGGCAACUACUGGGCCUUGGACCCCAACGCAGAGGACAUGUUCGAGAGCGGCAGCUUCUUGAGGCGCAGGAAGAGGUUCAAGCGCUGCGACCUGAGCACGUACACCUCGUAUGUCCACGACGCACCAGUGUUCUCCCCCCUCCAGAUCGCCAGAUCCACCGCGUACACCAACUACAACAACAUGGCGGUCAGCCCGGCCUACGGGCAGCAGCUGACCUCUGCGUAUUACCCCUCUCCCUCCCCUCCCGGGUUCGGACCCGGUCAGACCCGCAUGUUCAGCAUCAACAACCUCAUAGGACACCAGACCCCGGCGAGCAUGCUGGGAGGUCAAGGGCCAGACGUGAUGCAGCAACCCGGCCGCAGCUUCAGCCCCGAGGGUCUCCCGAACGGGUCGGGCCCCUGCGGCCUGGCGGCCCCGGCUUUCCAGAGCCAACCGUGCGGAGGGUCCGUGUCUUCGCGCUCCGCUGCGCACCCCGGGUUCAAUUACGCCGGGCCGAACGGCCACGCGCACCACCAUCCGCACCAGGGCUCGUACGGGCAGGGCCAGAACCAGGGGUACGCGGCGACGGGGCGCCUCCACCCCUCAGCCCACGGGUCCGUGGAGGCCGCGGACCAUUACGGCAGGGUCUCCCCGGUGCAACUGGGCUCUUUCUCCCAGUAUAACAGUGCUGCGGGGCCCAUUGCCAACACGGGGGGUUACCUGAGGCACCCGACGUACCCUGGGAAUAUGGACAGGUUUGUGUCCGCCAUCUGAGCUGCAGAGAAUCUAGACGCAAAUACCUCACCCACCUGAGAGCAGAGACUUGAGACAUUUCUGCACGCAACCGUGAUUGUUUUUCUCUAAACUUGACAUUUGUUGGAGAAAAAAAAAAAUGUAAAAGACUGAUCGCAAUCCCCUCUCCAAACACAACUGUGAUUUACCGCAUUAACACUGCAACCCAUUUUCUAUAUUGUUGAUGCUAAUUUAAAUUGAGCUACGCGCUAUGAAUUUGGAUUUGAGUGUCAUGGCCUCCUCACAGUGAGUUGCGAGCUUAAAGGUUGUCUAAUAUCCAGCGUGUUUGGGAGCUUCUUUUUGUGUCAUGAAUGGAAUGUGCACGUUUCAUAUUUACUACACUAGUGAGUUUAAAAGAGACUUUGGAAUAUUAGUAUAAAUUAUUAUGCUUCAUGGUUAUCGGCUUUGCAAUAAGCGGCUUGUAUGAAGAAUGUGGGCUUUAGUACAUUUGCAUGUAAUGUAAUGCAUAUUGAGUUGCCUUUUUGGAAAUAAACAGAAUUAAACGGAACUUUGUAUUGU